AUGAAGGUGUGUGGACCUUACCUGGGUCAGGUGUGCAAGAGUAGAGCCAAAACCAAGACCUGCAGGAUGGAGGGUCGUAAAGGUCUGGACCACUGCUAUGGGGUGUUUGUCAAGAUUCAAAAAGCGAUCUCCACAAGCUCCAUCUUCUGCCCCGACCCGGAGAGCGGCAGCCAGAACGCCGACGACCUCAUCGAUUGUCUCGGCCUGCGCUUCACGUGGCUCCACUCGGUCUUCGAUAAUUUCCCUUCGCUGCUGAAUUUCGCUCUGAAGCUCCGCUGCGCGACGGGACUUUGUCCCCGCGAUAUGGAAGAUUACGGCUGCUCCUGCAGAUAUGUGGCGGCGGGAAACCCCGUCGAUCCUCUGGACACCUGCUGCUCUGCUCACAGGCUGUGCUACCAGAGCGCUGCCCCCUGCAGGCAGGAGCUGGUACUCCUGUCCAACAACUUCACCUGCUCUGCGGCCAACAGCAGCUGUGAUGCUGGCGACUGGUGCCAGCAGAGGCUUUGUGAAUGUGACCAGGCUGCUGUCGACUGCUUCGCUCUCAGCUCCUACAACUCAGCCAUGACGGGCCUGGCCGAGUCCCACUGCUCUGCUGCAGGACACACAGAUCGGUUUAACGGCACCGCGGGGACCGCCGGAGCCUUCACAGGAACAGAUGUGCUCUCAGCAGAAAAUGAGUCUGGCAGCAUCCUGCUCUCCAACUCGUCCCACCUGUCAGCAGAGGUGGACUGGCUGAUGAAUGGCGGAGUGGAAAACCGGAGCGACGCGGCAGGGAUGAGCGGUGACCUCAUCACCCCCCCUCCCCUCCCCUCCCCCCAGUCCGCACUGGCAGGGGAGUCAGAGGGAGGCCAACCUGUUGUAGAGCAGGAAGAGGAGUCAACACACACCUCCUCUAACGACGUGACCCUCACACACGAUCUGACCGGCUCGGAGACGGAGGCGGAGGCGGCGCUCGGACACUCAGGGACAGAUAAGGAUCUGACUACCCACAAUCCUCCAGCAGGCAGCCUGGGCUCAGCUUCUGUCGACCAUGACAGAGAAACACUGAUGAUGAUGAUGACUACCCACAAUCCACUGGGCUCUGCUGGUGAAAACAUGCAGAUCAUGGAGGUGCUACCGCCACCGACAUCACACACCUUUACAGCGUCUGCCAAGGAGGAGGAUGAUGAUGAAGAGUUACUGUCAUCAGAUUUAGCCCCAGAAGGUGCCGCUGACACAACCACAUCACCGACGUCAGCAAAACCCCGUCCAACCCCCACGGAGCUGCCAGGUGAUCCUGACCAGUCAUCUGAGGGGGGCGGGGCCGAGGAUCACGAUGGUGAUGAUGAUGAUGAUGAUGAUGAUGAUGGAGAGGAGGAGGAGGAGUUAGACAAUGAGCAUGUGAAGGAGCCUCUGGUGACCGCGGCUCCAGGCCCGGCCUCCGCAGCCACAGACGACUCCCGAGACACUGAAGAGACCUCAACGCUGCCAACCAGGAGGCCUUUACCUCCUCCGGCGGGUGUGGAAGCUGUCACUUCUGCAGUUAAAUCAGCCACACCGCUGACCUCAGAUCAGAGUGCGGAGCAGGACGGCAGCCGGGAGGAAACAGCUUCUCCACGCGGGGCGACCGCAGGUCGGGAGGUCAUCACCAUGGCAACAACAAGGUCUUCAACGAGCCCGUCGCCCCGAGAAACCGAGCCAGUUAGAUCCACUGUGGCGUCGGAGUCGCGUCCGACCGUGACCGAGGACUCGGCGGAGGAGGGUUUCACACCGACAACCUCUGCUGUUCACCUGAGCCGAGGCCGGGGGCCGAGAACGUCGACCUCAGGGAGCCCCGCCCACCAGACCACACGGGCAGGACGGAUCACCGCUUUCAAACCGAGAUCAGAGACGGGCACGCCGACCACGCCGCCGCCUCCGAAGGCCUCAUCACACACGACGGCUGAGGAGGCUUCUGAGGAAGAGGAGGAGCAGAGGGGGACGACUGCAGCAACAGACAAACCUCCAUGUGAGCAGGAGGAGGAGGAGGAGGAGGACAGCUCGCAGGAAGGAGACGCAGCCGCGGCUCACGUGUCCGGCGGCCGGGCGGCGGAGGCUCAGAGGCGGGCGGUGCCGUUCUUCGCCUGGUCGCUGCUGGAGUCUGUCGGCCUGAGCGACAUGCAGCUGCAGCCCGACAGCACAGAGUGCUCUCCGUCCUUCACGCUGUACAGCGGCGCCGGCCGAGCCGUGCUGGAGCUGCCGGCGCUGGGCCAGAUGCUUCACUGCCUGACGGGACGCUGCCCGCACGAGUACGAGAUGUACGGCUGCUACUGCGGCCAGCAGGGCGGCGGCGGGCGGCCUCUGGACCAGCUGGACAGGUGUUGUUUCUUCCAUCAGUGCUGCAUGAAGCAGAUCGGCUCCAUGGGCUGCAGGCCGGACAGGAAGCUCAACGCUCAGAUCUCCUGCGACAACGGGAAGGCGCGAUGUCAGGGUGUCAGUGUGUGUGACAAGCUGCAGUGUGUGUGUGACAAGGCGACAGCAGAGUGCAUGGCAGCGGCUCGGUUUAACCACAGCCUGCCGUCGCAGCGGUGCAGCGGCCCCGCCCCGCCCUGCCGCCGCGCCAGCCGGCCCCCCAAACCGCGGCUUUCCCCUCAGUCCAGCGAGGAGAGCGGCGAGCAGCGGGGCGAGCCGACCAACACCCCGCCGCCGCCGCCUCAGCUCUCAGACAGUGAUGAAAGUGCUGAAGUGAAGGACGGCGAGGCGACGAAGCCCAAACCUCCAAACCCUCCGGCCGCCUCCAGCCAGGAGAGCGCCGAGCCCACGCCCGGCGGGACGCAAGCCCACAACCACAGGCCGGACCCGGGCCAGAGCCAAGCACCCCGACCUGCUGGGACACCAGGGGGCGCCAGAGAGGAAGAGGAAGAAGAGGAGGAGGAGGGAGGAGGUGAGGAAGAAGAGGAAGAGGAAGAAGAAGAAGAGGGAAACUGAUGGAGAAUGUGUUGAAGGAUGAUCAGCGGUUACCGUCUGGUGUUUGGAGCCAUGAGGCGUCGUUAUAAAAAUUUCUUACAUUCAAUUUUGUAUCUUCAAGCCAAAGUUGUAAUUUAUAGAGAACAUUAUGUUGAUGUGAAAUUUUACUGUUUGCAUUGAUGACAAGUUUUUAUGCUUUUCAGUUUUUGUUUGAAUACUGUUUGUUUUGUUGU